AUAAAAAUUAAAAAUCGAACCAAAUCAAAUCUUAUGGCAGCCAAGAAAAAUAAAAAUAAAUAAAUAAUUUAAUAAACACUGAAAACGACGUAGCUGGUUACUGCUGGCUUGGUGGUUUGGUCUCGUUGAUUGGAAAAGUGUAAAAGCUCCAAAAGAAAAUUCCAAUCAUAAUUUAAAAAGUUUUCCGUAUUUCAAAGAAACCACGAGUAAACAAAAGAAAAUUUCUCCUCUCAAUUAAGUUUGGUUUUUUACGUGUUGGGAUUCACAGUUUCUCAAGAAAUGGAAAACCAAAUCGUGAAUGGUUCUUCUCAUGGCUCAAGUUUCUCUGCUCUCAAUUGUAUCGAUCUCUCAAACCCAGAUAUCGAACACUCCGUCUCUUUGCUUAAACAGGCAUGUUUGGAUUGUGGUUUUUUCUACGUAGUCAAUCAUGGAAUAAACGAGGAAUUCAUGGAUGAGGUUUUUCAUCAGAGCAAGAGGUUUUUCAAUUUGCCAUUGGAUGAAAAAAUGAAGCUUUUGAGGAAUGAGAAGAACAGGGGCUACACCCCUGUUCUUGAUGAGCAUCUUGAUUCUGAAAACCAAGUUCACGGAGAUUAUAAAGAGGGGUAUUACAUAGGCGUUGAGGUACCUGAGGAUGACCCAGAAGUGGAAAAACCAUUUUAUGGACCUAAUCUUUGGCCUGAACAAGAUAAAUUGUCUGGUUGGAGGGAAACCAUGGAGAGAUUUCAUCUAGAGGCAUUGGAAGUUGCAAGAGCGGUUGGAAGGAUCAUAGCUCUUGCUCUGGGACUGGACAAGAAUUUCUUUGAUAAGCCUGAAAUGCUAGGCGAGCCUAUUGCAACUCUGCGCUUACUUCACUAUGGAGGUCAAGUUACUUCUGAUCCAUCUAAGGGCAUAUUUGGAGCUGGAGCUCAUUCUGACUUUGGCUUGAUAACCCUCUUGGCCACAGAUGAUGUGUUAGGUCUCCAAAUAUGCAAAGAUAAGGAUGCUAAGCCUCAAGUAUGGGAAUAUGUAGAACCAAUGAAAGGAGCAUUUAUUGUGAAUCUUGGUGACAUGCUGGAGCGCUGGAGCAACUGUAUUUUCAAGUCCACGUUGCACAGAGUCCUGGGAAACGGUCAAGAAAGAUACUCAAUCGCAUACUUUGUGGAGCCUAGUCACGAUUGUCUUGUUGAGUGUUUGCCUACCUGCAAAUCAGAAAAAAACCCUCCCAAGUUUUCUCCAAUCUUAUGCCGGACUUACCUUAGCCAACGGUAUAAGGAUACACAUGUUGAUCUGAACAUCUACAAAGAACAUCAAACGUAAAUGCUCUUUUUAUGAUACAGCAUUUGGAUAUGAGAGAUAAAUCCCUUAAGAGCUCAGAGACAGAUAGCAAACAAUAAAAUAUAUUCUACAGCAUCUCUAGUGUAACAUAAUAUGUAUCAACUAGUACAAGAAGUGCCAUUUUUCAAUGUAAUAGAAUUGUUUAUUUCCUUGGUUGAGCAUCAUUUUCCAUUGGAAUGUAAAGACAUUCCAAGAAUAGUACUUUAGAAUGUGUACUUAAUUAAUAGCCAAUAAACACUUUGAAUGAGUAUGGUAGUAUUUUUAACCCU